UUGGUGAUGUUCAUUUAUCAAGGAAGUUGACAGUGUUCGUUUUUGUUAGAAGAGUUAGUUGUAUUACAGAAAUUUUGAAUUAUUUUCAUGUAUCGUAUAUAUGGCAGGAGUGAAAGAUGGUAAUAGCAACUCUGGGAGCUGGUUGGUGCCAGAAAAUAACACGGAAAGACAUUCAUCGUUCACAUCGGCCUUCCAGAAUCUUAAAAAGUCGGAAUUUUACAAGAAUAUUGAAGAGCAACUGCCUGAGUCAGCGGAUAAAGAUAUCGGAGUAAACAAUUCAUCAGCAGCUGGACCUUCAACCACAAUAAGAAAUACCGUCACAAAAUCUAACGCACUCUUAGUCAAUCCGAGACAAAAAGGAAACCCACUGCUGAAGAGUAUUUAUAAUGUUCCAUGGGAGUUUUCGGAAAUUAUUCCUGACUAUGUCAUGGGCAGAACGACCUGUGCACUGUUUCUUAGUUUACGAUACCACACCUUGAAUCCAGAUUAUAUUCAUGAACGACUCAAACUCUUGGGUAGCCAGUAUGAAUUGAGAGUGCUACUUGUGCAGGUGGACACCUUGGAUCCACACCAUACCCUUAAGUACUUAACGCGCAUGUGCAUCCUUGCAGAUUUAACAUUAAUGCUUGCUUGGAGUCCAGAAGAAGCUGGACGCAUAAUUGAAACUUAUAAAAUGUUUGAACAUAAGCCACCCGACAUGAUAAUGGAGAAACAGGACCGUGACCCAUACCAGCAGAUUUCAAAUGCUCUCACAUCUGUCAGAUCAGUUAACCGGACAGAUGCUGCAACCUUACUGUCAACUUUUGGAUCAUUAGGGAAGAUAAUAAAAGCAUCACAAGAUUCUUUGACACUUUGCCCUGGGCUUGGCCCACAAAAAGCCUCAAGAUUGUAUAAGGUGCUACAUCAGCCAUUUCAGAAAGACAGGGUAAAAAAGCUGAAGAAAUAAGGUGGAUUGCCACGGAUAACGAACUUCCGCACACAGCAAGAUGGAGUCUUGGCUCUGACAAAAGUGAAACCAAGAUAGACAUUGGCAGUGGAAAAAAAUGUUAUUGUUGUAUUAUUUUGGAAAUUCAAAUUGUUUGUAAUUAAGAUUUGUCAUAUGGAAAGUGGCUUUGUUUUCCUGAAGCAGCCUUUUUAAAUGUGAUUUUAGUGUGUUCAGUUUCUUGCGCGGAGCGCUUGAAACGAAUUUCCCCUGUGUUUCAGUGCCUUUUGGUUUGUAACGUACCAAAUCACUGAUUCCAGUAAUUUAUGCUAAUUUUAUGUCCGGAUGCACGAGUGUUUGUUUCUGGUUAGUAACGGGGACAUGGGAAACCUAGUCUCAGUAGUUGUGUUUCUUCUGGCAGGGGCAAGUUUUGGGUCUUGUCAGCCAGGUGCCAGUGCAGAGAAAGGAGGUGCAGGUGGCUUUUGAUGUUAGCUGGGGCGUCCCUAGCGGUCAAAAGGACCUGUCGACGAGGGAUUAUUUAUUUGGUGACGCAGUACAGGAGCCGUGCGGUUCAGUGUAUGGAGGGAGCUGCCUUAUGCGUAAUACUCCCUCACAGCAGCACCUGUAUAAAAGAAGAGCCAGUGGCUCCCCGAAGGUGUGAUACGAUAGCGUCAAAGGCUUGUUUUGCUCUGUUAGGCUAUAAUCACCUCUCAACAGAUACUACACAGUGUUUAUUGAUGUACGCAAGUAAAUGUCUUUUUAUCUGCACUGAAUGCGGAAGAAAUUCAUACAUUUCUGAUGUGUCUAGGGUAAAUUCAACAGGUAAUGAAAUAGUGAUACAGAGAAUGUCAGAGAUAAAAAUGGGGAAGGGGGAGAAAUCUAUUGUUAUUUACGUUCUCCUGAUUCUCUUUCUUAUUUUCUAGUCUUACAAAUCGUUGUAAUUUCAAGUUGCGUUGUUGGUAAAAGAUUUUCACUGUUUGAGAAGAAACCAAAGUCAUUUGCUGAGUAAUUUUAUUCAAAGAAUAAUUUUUUGUGCAAUACCUAAUUUACAAUUAUAGGGAAUUCAAUGGAUUGUGACUCUCGUGGUUAACUAAAAUGGAAUCGUGUCGAAAUACAAUUGGUAUUAGUAAUUUUAUAUCCAUGGUUUUAACUUGUAAAGUUAUUAUUGUCCAUAAAAAUAAAUGUGCGUGAUAUUUUUA